AGAAUUAGUAGGCUAACGUUUUGACCGCCUAGCGUAAACACACACUCUCGAGGUCGGUCGGAAAAACACUGUGGCCACUAAGUCCAAAUAAAACGCCUACAAAAUCGUGCGUUUCAUCAGAUAUGGGAGAGCGACACAGAAGAUAGUUUUGACGGCACAGACGGUGCAGUGGAGGCCCUGAGAAAUAGGCUUUCUGCUCCGCGGCUCGGAACGGCAUGGCACUCAGUCAGCUCCUGGGACUCUCCUCCUGCGAAGCCUCUCAUCCCCCGACCUUCACCGCCGGGUCAGGAGGGCCGGGGGGCGAGAUCGUCUUCUCCAAAAAUAACGUGUGCGUGCACCCGGCUGAGGUUCUGCCUGGCCAAACUGAGCACUGCCCAGGUUAUCUGUGCGUGCACACAGAGAAGGACGAGGAGCUGGGCACAACGCUGAUCCUGACCUGGGUGCCCAACUCCCGCAUCCAGCGGCAGGGCGAAGAGGCCUUGCGCUACGUCACGCCCGAGGGCUCGCCCAUGCGUAGGAGUCAGCGCUGCCCCAGCCCUGCUGCCCCACCGGCCCCUGAGGGGGCAGAAGAGGAGCCCGCCCCCCCGGCGAAAGCGGGCGCCGGGCCUCAGCAGCAGGGGGAAGAGUCCCAGGGCUCAGGCCUGAACUCCACUCCCGCUCCCCCUCCCGGCGGCGAAGCCCUCGUCGAGCGUUCGCGAUCAGGGCUCCCAGGGAACAUCGGCAGGGAGAUGAGGGACGGAGCCGUGACCCACUCCGCCGCUGGCCUCAGCCAGAACAGUCCCGCCCCCUCGGAGGACGGCCAAUCGCAGGCCGCAGGGCGGGAGGAGCAACAGAAGGGGCAGGUGUUGGAGCCACGCUGUGGAGUGUUCCGGGUGGAUCUGGGUCGUAUGAGAUCCCUGCGACUCUUCUUCAGUGACGAGGCCUGCGCCAGCGGGCAGCUGGUAAUCGCCAGCAGAGAGAGUCACUUUCAGAUCCUGCACUUCCACCAUGCUGGCCUGGACAAGCUUGCUGAGGUCUUUCAGCAGUGGAAGUGCUGCCAGGAGACUCAGCUCAAAGACCAGGUGCUGGAAGGGAGGUCUUGCCUGCAGUUCUCCGUCCUCCGGCCCUGCCCCCCGGCCGCUGACCCCCGCCCUGAAGAUUGGCCGCACGCCGGGCUGGACCGGGCCUCCUGGGGGAGGCUCCUGAACCACCGGGGGGAGGUGGAGGAGCAGGAGCUACGCAAGGCCGUCUUCUUCGGGGGGGUGGACCCGGCCAUCCGGCGCCAGGUGUGGCCCUUCCUGCUGCGCUGCUACAGCGCGGAGGAGCAGGGGGUCCCGGGGGGCCCGAGGCAGGAGAAACACGGGCAGUACCAGGAGAUCCAGCAGAGGAGGUUGUGCAUGAGCCCGGAGGAGCAGAGUGAGUUUUGGAGGAAGGUGCAGUUCACGGUCGAUCGGGACGUGGUCAGGACAGACUGCAGCUGCCCCUUCUUCAGGGGGGAGGACAACCCCAACGUGGAGAUCAUGAGGCGCAUCCUGCUGAACUUCGCCGUGUGGAACCCCGGCGUGGGCUACUGCCAGGGCAUGUCGGACCUGGUGGCUCCGCUCCUCCUGGAGGUGCAGGACGAGGCCGACGCCUUCUGGUGUUUCGUGGGCCUGAUGGAGAACGGCGGCUUCGUCAGCCCCCACGAGGAGGGCAUGGAGAAACAGCUGGCGUACCUGCGGGAGCUGCUCGGGGUCAUGGAGCCCGGGUUCCACCAGCACCUGGCCCGGCUGGGCGAGGACGGCCUGCUGUUCUGCCACCGCUGGCUGCUGCUGGGCUUCAGGAGGGAGUUCCCCCACACCGAGGUGCUGCUCAUGUGGGAGGCCUGCUGGGCCCGCUACCAGACCGACUACUUCCAUCUGUUCCUGUGUGUGGCCAUCAUCGCGCUGUACGGCGAUGGUGUCGCGGAGAAGCAGCUGGAGGUGGACCAGAUGCUCCUGCACUUCAGUGGGCUGGCCAUGCACAUGAACGGGGAGCUGGUGCUGCGAAAGGCACGCAGUCUGCUUCACCAGUUCAGCCUCCUUCCCACCGUCCCGUACAGCCUGCGCAGUCUGUGUAAGCGGAGCGGUCCAGGCACGUGGGACAGCGGCCCGGAGGCUGAGCGCCGCGGGGAGCGUUCAGAGCCCCAGAACUGCCCCGGUACUCAGAGCUCUGCCACCCUGCUUACCCCCGUCUCGCCCCAACCCGCCCUCCCCAGCGAGGACCCCGGCGCCUCAGACGCACUGCACCUGCCGUAGUCAGUCCUGACUGUCACCGGUGGGAGUGGGGAAAGCCGAUGAAACGCUCUGAUGAAACGCUCUGAUGAAACGCUCUGCCUCGGCUCUCCACAGCCUCCUCUGCCACUCUACAGACCACUCGCUGAGAGGGGCUGGGCAGUCCUGCCGCGCGGCUGGCUCCGGAGCUCAAGAGAAUAACCUGGUCGAUAGCACAGAGCCGUCCCAGGAUGUUUUGGGGCCCUAGUAAAAAAAAAAAAUAGUUCAGGGGCCCUUCUGAUUGUUCUGCUUGGGGUUGCUGCUGGGGUCCUAGUUGCAGUGUCCGAACCCCCGGGUGCGAGGGAAGGCUUUGCUGGGGCCCCUGCAACAGAACUCCAUGAGGGUAUGAACAAAAUGUCCGUAUGCGCAAAUAAGCCUGUGUUUGACAACUGAAGAUGAACUGAACAGGGUAUUUCAACACACUUUUGAAUUUUUCUGAGGAAUGUAGUUGGUGGGCAUUCUUCAUACAUUUUCAAGGUGAGGGUUAAGAUUUAUCAGUUCAACAGAAAAAACGAACCUGCGAAUCUGUACCCAGCUUGUUUUUCUGGUUAUUUUCAGCUCAGAUUACAGAUUCAUGCCAAGGACUGUCUUAUCUACAUUGCCGGUUGCCGUUUUAUUCAAGUUAGCUCUUAGUAAUCUGAAUCAGGAAAAGGAAAUGUAACAUGAUCUUAUACAGAAGAGACGACACUUUGGAGUGGAAAUUAUACAUAUAGGGGAAGAUGUGCAAAACUGUUGGAAAUUAAAACCGUUACGAAUAUACAGUACAUUUAUUACUGAGUUUGUUUUUGUGAUUGCUAUGUAUUGCUAUUGCUAAUAAUGAUUUAACCACACCUCACAAAAGCAUAUAUUGUCAAUUUCUAUCAAUGUUAUUUAAUAAAACACAAUUCCAGUGGUAUAACAAUAAUACCAAAAAAAAGUGAUAAAUAAACAGAAAGCACCAGGUUUGCUCCAGGUUGAA